AUGGCUCAAGCAGUAGAAAAAGCUGCCGUUGUGUGCUGUUUUCUAACGCCUGAUUAUCAGUGUUCACAUAAUUGUAGGCUUGAAUUACAAUACGCUAACGAUAUUUCUAAACUACCUGAAAAUCAAGCAGGAAAUUUUCGCAUUAUUCCAUGUAUGCUUGGUGAUAAAAAGAAUCCGAAAUGGAAGCCCUCUGAUUGGUUAGGCUUGAUAAUUUCAGGGCAGCAAUGGGUAAACAUGAAAAACGAUUCUGACUCUAAUAUUCGAAUGAAAGCGCAAGAACUUAUUGGAAGAAUAAGAAAUGAACUCUCAGUGUUAACGGCUGAUGCUUCACAUUUACCCAUUAAACUUUUUGAAAUGAUUAGGGAAAAAUAUCUACGAGAAAAUCAUCGAAUCAAACGGUUGAUGAAUGAAGAAAAGAGUUUCCCUAUUGAACAGAACUACAUCAAUUUGGCCAUCCUAGAGACAAAAGAACAGCAAGAAAAAGAAAAGAAAUUAAAACAACCCGACAACGACAACCAAAUCGACGAAGAAAAUGAACAGAACAAACUUCGAAAACAUCAAAAUAAAGACAUUCUUGGUACUUUUGAAGAAAUCUAUGGCAACAAAACCACAAUCGAUGUAGAACAUAUUUUCGAAAAAUGCAAAGAUCAAACAAAGAAGAUACUUGUACUUGGACGAGCUGGCAUUGGAAAAUCAACCUUUUGUCAAUAUAUUACCUAUAGAUGGGCGAAAGGUGAAAUUUGGCCCCAAUAUAGACUGGUUGUCCUCAUUAGGUUACGCUCGUUAACAGAUAGUCGCUAUCCACGACGAGAACCACCGUAUACUACGAUGGAUCUUGUAAAGAAAGAAUAUUUGGAAGUUGAGGAUAUAUCUGACGAAAUGACACAUCAUUUGAAAGAACAGUGUAGUAAAGGUCUCGUUUUAUGGAUAUUAGAUGGUUAUGAUGAAUUUGUUCAAAAUAUUCCCGAACAACUCAAGGGUGUAUUCAAACAUAUAUGCGACACGCAGCAUCAUAUAUUAACAUCUCGACCUUAUGCGAUUGCAUUACCGUAUGACACUAAACUAGAAAUAACCGGGUUCACCAAUGAAAAUAUUCCCAGAUAUAUCGAACAGUUCUUCGAUCAAAUCAAAACGCAAUCGAAAAGUGCGAUAAGCAAUGGUCAAAAGCUUCAGGAGUUCUUAAAAUCGAAUGAUAAUAUCUGGGGUGUUGCUCAUAUUCCGGUGAAUCUAGAAUUGAUAUGCAGUCUUUGGAGUGAUUAUGAUUGGUCAAAAACUGCAAUAUUGACAAUGACGCAACUGUACUCUAAAAUAACAGAAUGGCUAUGUCGACGUUACUUGACAAGAAAGAAUAUCAAUCAUGAAGAUAUGACAAAUCAAGAUCUAUAUAAAGAAUGCGAAAUGGAGUUGCAGUUUCUAGAAUAUUUGGCUUUCAAUGCAAUGGAACGCAAGGAAAUUAUGCUGCCACCAGAACUGCUCGAAAAGACUGAAACGCAACUUGGGUGCUCCUUACGCAAAUACCCACAGUUACUCAAUAUCGGCAUUCUCAGAUCAUACGAUGACAGAGCGACUGGGUCCAGCAUUGACAGACAAAAGCAACAUUACUUCGUUCAUCUCAGCUUUCAAGAAUAUUUCGCCGCGCGCCAUUUAUUGAAAAAUCUGAAAGGUCCCCAUAGUCUCGAAGCGACUGAUUUCAUGAAGAAUAACAAGUACAAUCAACGCUUUCACUUUGUUUUCGUUUUCGCAUCGGGACUUCUCGCACAAUCAAAUUUUAAAUCAAACACAGACGUAUUCUGGAACAAUAUAGAAGCGGAACCAUUAGAUCUUGUUGGCUUGAAGCACAUCACACUUAUAACUGAAUGCAUGGAUCAGCUCAUAGGUACAUCAGUAUUGCCCAACCGUACAAAUUAUCUAAAAUCAAUAUCACAUUGGAUAACUAUGAGUCUCACAAAAACUGCAACCUUAAUACAGCAAACUCUUCUACAAUCACUCAAUCGAGCUAAUUCUAUAGUUAACACGUCCACCAUUCAAAAACAAUUCAUAAAACUACUCGGAACAGAAGACGUGGAUUCAAAAUGCAGCAUCUACGAGUUUAUAUCCAAAUUAUCAAUGCUCAACCCCAUCGCAGCAUUACUCUUGAAAAUUUCGGCUGACCUUCAAGAUCAAGCCCCUGAUAUCCGGAGGAGUGCGUGCAAAACCCUCAAAAACUUUGGUGAAAAAGCGGCUACAGAUGAAGUAAUUGCUGCCAUGCUAAAUGCACUUACGAAUAAAGAUUCAGAUGUUCGGUGGGCCGCAUGUGACCUUCUCGAAAAGUUCGGUGAAAAAGCAGCCACGGAUGAAGUCGUCACUGCUAUGCUGAAUUCACUUCAGGAUAAAGAUUCAGCUGUCCGAAGAAGCUCGUGCAACGCUCUCGGAAAUAUGGGCGAAAAGGGAGCCACGGAUGAAGUGAUCGCUGCCCUUCAAAAUGCAUUGCAGGAUGAAGAUUCGGGUGUCCGAAGGGAAGUGUGCUACGCUCUCUUAAAGAUGGGCGAAACAGCAGCCAUGGAUGAAGUUAUCGUUGGGAUACAGAAUGCACUUCAGCAUAAAAGUCUGCCUAUCCGAUUUAGCGCGUGGAGUGCCCUGGCCCAUAUGGAUGAAAGAGCAGUCACGGAUAAAUUCAUCAGUAGUAUGUUAAAUGCACUUCGAGAUGGAAAUUCAAAUGUUCGAACGAGUACAUGCACAGCCUUUCUAAUGAUGGGCGAAAAAGCAGCUACGGAUGAAGUCAUCGCUGCCCUGCAAAGUGCACUGCAAGAUGAAGAUUCGAAUGUCCGAGACAGCGCAUGCCGAGCCCUUGUAAAGAUGGGUGGAACAGCAGCCACGGAGAAAGUCAUUGCUGCCAUGCUGAAUGUAUUUCAACAUGAAGAUGCCGAUCUUCAGGUGAUGGCGUGCGAGGUCCUGGGAAAGAUGGGUGAAAAAUCAGUCACAGAUGAAGUCAUCGCUGCCAUGCUGAAUGGACUUCAGAACGAAGAUUGGAAUGUUCGGAGUAGCACCUGCGAAGCCUUGGGAAGUAUGGGUAAAAAAGGAGCCACGGAUGAAGUUAUCACUGCUGUGUUGAAUGCACUUCAGGAUGAGAAUUGGAAUGUGCGAGUACGGGCAUACUACAUUCUCCUAAGGAUGGGUGAAACAGCAGACACGGAUCGAUUCAUCGCUGCCAUGCAGAAUGCACUUCAGCAUGAAGAGCCGGUUGUCCGAUAUGGAGCGUGCUGCGCUCUUGGACGUAUGGGUGAAAAAGCAAUCACGGAUAAAGUCAUCAUUGCCAUACUAAAUGCACUUCGGGAUGAAUAUCAGAAUGUCCGAGUGGGCGCUUGUGAUUCACUGGGGAAUAUGAGUGAAAAAGCAGCUACCAAUAAAGUCGUUGCAGCUCUGCAAAAUGCACUUCUCGAUGAAGAUUCGGCUGUCAAAAGGAGUGCAUGGAAAGCCCUUGGAAAGAUGGGUGGAAAAGGAGCUACGAAUGAAGCAAUCAUAGCUAUACUGGAUGCAUUGCGUGAUGAAGAUUCAGAUGUUCGAGGGGCCGCGUGUGAAGCCCUCGGAAGUAUGGGUGAAAAAGCAGCUACAGAUCAGGUCAUCACUGCCAUGCUGAAUGCACUUCGUGAUGAAGUUUGGAAGGUCCGAACGAGCGCGUGUGAAGCUUUUGGAAAUAUGGGUGAAAAGGCAGCUAUUGAUGAAGUGAUCACUGCACUCCAAAAUGCGCUUCUGGAUAAAGAUUGGAGUGUGCGACAAGAGGCAUGCAAGGUCUUGAGAAAGAUGGGCGAAAAAUCAGCUACGGAUGAAGGCAUCGUUGCCAUGCUGAAUUUACUUCGCGAUGAAAAUGAACAUGUCCGAUCUGAAGCGUUGAUCUUUCUUAGUGUGAUAUGUGAAAAAAUCAUAAAGAAGGAAGUGCUUGAGACAUUGGUGAAUGAAUAUUCAUGUGGAGGUACAGAUAAUAGCCAUACAAUUGCUGAGAGUUUGCAAAAGAUCAUCUGCUCGUACGAUGGAAAAGGAGAAUUAGAGCCACAGAUUGUUUCGAAUAUUUGCUCAUGUAUCGACUGGAAUGACGCAAGUUGGGGUAAAGAAAUACCUGCAUCGCACUUGUUUAAGAUUCUUCUUGAUACACAAAACGCGGCUUGGAUUCCACUGGUUUCACGUGUUGCACUAUACCAAGGAGUCGCUGUAACUCUAAUGGAUAAUCGCCUGAGAAUCUACGAUGCGAAUGGGUCUUUGGAAUUUGAUGUAACACCUUCCGAGUUGGUCAAGAGUUUGGUAGAAGCUUUCAGAAACCAAUUAGAAGAGCUCAAACGUUGUUCUCUAGCAGGCGAUGGAACUCAAAGCACAAUAUGA